AUUUCACCUUUCUCUCUGUAUUUCAGAGAGCAGCCCAUGUUUACCACCAAAGCUCAUGUGUUUCAUAUCGACCCUAAGACCAAGCGGGCGUGGAUUCCAGCUAGCUCACAAGCUAUCAAUGUUAGUUUCUUUUAUGACUCGUCGAGGAAUUUGUACCGAAUAAUAAGCGUCGAAGGAAACAAGGCUGUGGUGAAUAGCACAGUGGCCUGUAACAUGACUUUCACGAAGACGUCCCAGAAGUUUGGCCAGUGGUCUGAUGCUAAAACUGGAACAGUUUACGGCUUGGGUUUUUCUUCUGAAGCCGACUUAAACAAGUUCAUUGAGAAGUUCCAGGAAGUGAAAGGUGCAACAAGGCAAGCAGCAACCCACCAUAAAUCCCACCAGGCUCAAGUGAAUGGUAGUAGCAUCACUCCAUCUACUUCUGGUAGUGGUUCUCCAAACAGCACCAGGAGUCAAACCAAACAACACCCAGUUCCUACCGAAAAAAAAUCAAGUGAAGAACCAUCUGCAAAUAGUGCAACAAACCAAGUAGAUCAAAUUAGCCUCUCUUCUUCUUAUUCUGCUGGAACUCAGAAUGAAAUAAAUAGUCUCAAGUCCCCUCUUGUAACUCACCAACGGAGCCAAAGCUUGUCUCGCCUCCAGUCUGGGAAGGUAUGCUCGCACCGAAAGACUCCAAGCAGCCCAAAACAUCACCAUUUGCAAGAAAAAUACUUAGUUCCAAGUCUCCCACAAUCAACUGUUGAAGCUCAAGCUCAAUUGAAGUAUGAGAAUGAUCGACUGAAAUUAGCACUAGCACAGAGGUAGGAAACAAAUAAGGAAAAUCAAUUUCUGCAAGAUUAAUACAGUAAUUACAUUUCCCUAUGUGGGCACAUACAAUUCACAUACAAAAGAACCUCAUUAAUUUGUACCUUUGAGGGUAAUAAAGGAUUUAAAUUUUCUCAAGAGAUCUACAAGUAAUUAAUUAGAUUCUAUCUACCUAUAUAUAUAUAUAUCAUUCUAUGCCCUAAAGAGAAAAGCUGGUACUAUUUUAAACAGCUUUUCAGUGUAAGAUGGCCGUAAUUAAUGAGCUUAUCA